CUGCACCUGGCGACCUUUAGCUUGAGGAUAAGGAGCUGUCCGUUCAGCACCACCUGCAGCCUCAUGUGACCUCAGACCACAGACACAUUUUACACCCGUACAGUCUACGGCUCAGACACACUCCGGACACCAAACCCGCUCUGAAGACUAGACGGCGAGCAGCUGAUCGCAAACCAGCUCCCUCAUAAAUCCUGCAGAUCUGAAGGCUUCGCAGGCAGCACUUGAGGAGCAGCAGACGCACGUAAGAGAAGCUGCACAACAACAAGCCUCUCCUCCGGCUUCAAGCUCCACGUUUCCCCCCCAAUUCACAUCCCGCAUUUUGUCCUCAAGCUCCUGCAGAAUGAACUCUGGAAGCAGGCAUUGAGAGGACCCAGAGAUGCUGAUAUCCGGCACGCUCCGCCGCCUCCUCAUAGCCGGGACCUGCCUCUGCGUCUGCGGAGCCCCUUUCCAGCCCACUCAGGUCGGAUCCUGCGAAGGAGGACGGUGUGCCGGAUCAGAUGUGAAGUCUGCAGACGGAGAGCAUGUGAUGCUGGAUGUAGGUGCGGGAGGAGGUGGGGCUGGCCCACAUGGACGACCGGAGGGGAUAGGACCGGUGACGCAGGCUGGAAACGGGGGCAGCCUGGAUGGGAGAUCUGGGCCGAGCGAGGCUGGUGGAGAGGCAUGGAGCCAGAGGAGCGAGGAGAAGAGCAUCGACAGCACGCCUGAGAUGGGAGAAAGGCAGGCAGAGGAUCUACCUGGAUCUACAGGUGGGAGGAAGCCAGACAUGGAUGCUCCUGGUAGACCUUCAGGCUUAACUACACCCCAGCUGGAGAAAGACCAACAGAGCAGCCACGGUGGAUUUUCUGAUUCCCUCCAGGAUCCAGAAGCAAAUCUAGCAUCUUCUCCAGAACCUCCAAACCCUUCCGCCUCCUUUUGGACCCACACCUCCCUCAGCCCCAUCCCUCCCCUGGUGUUCGUCACUCCUCGGACCGCCACACCUUUGGCAAUCUGGGGCCGCGAUGGAGCUACGAUGUCGUCCAUCCCCGACCCCUUUUUGCCCGAAAUCGGCCCCAGAGAGGACGGACCAGAGAGCCUGUGGACCGAAGCAGCGAGACCAGGUGGAGCCGACACUCCGAUCCCGCUGUCUCAGGAUGAAGCCACAGAGGCCACCAUGUCAUCAGAGGCCCUCCCUCUCAUCUUUGAGCCUUUCGAAGACGUGACACCAGAGGGAGGAGCGGCGGCGGUUACCAUGGUGCCCGGCAACGCUCAGCUUCCCGGUGCCAUGGCGACCGGAGGGCUGCCUCUGUCAGACCUGGACCAGCUGGUCACCGUAGAGACCGAUGGCGAUGGUCCUUCACAUGCUCCGCCGGUGCUGAUUCCAGACUGGACGUCACCGUGGCAGACAUCUGGUGCCGAGAUCCUGGAGCCAAUCAGCUCCUCCGGUCCGUCUGUUUCACAGCGGCAAGUCGGAACUGAACCAGAGGAUCAGUCAGAGAAAGUGGCUGCGAGGACACCAAACCUUGAGGAGAACUUGUCCUCCACCGGUCCCUCCCUCUCAUCCUUCCAGCAUGCUAUGACAACGGUAACCAUGGCAACCCAUCAUCCAGUGCACAAAUCCAGAUCAGGGCUGGAGGAGAUGGAGUCUGAGGAGGAGCAGGACGAGGACGAAGAGGACGAGAACUCAGAGGAGUCUGUGGAGGAAGAGAGUGAAGAGGACCUCACAGAAACACCUAAAACCUCCUCAACACAGCCUCCGUACAGCCUCAUCCCUCCACCUCCUGUCUGGGUUCAACGCAACCAGGGCCUGAUGCGUAGCUGGGUAGAGCUGAUCAGAGAAAAGGCCGGUUAUGUUUCCGGCAUGUUGGCCCCUGUGGGCAUCGGUAUAACAGGGGCUCUGCUGAUCGUCGGUGCCCUCUACAGCAUCAGGAUGAUUCACCGCAAGAGGAGGAACAGCUUCAAGCACCAGAGGAGGAAGGUCAGGCAGCCAGAGCAACCUCGGGAGCCGGGAACCAGCCGUCAGGACCAGGCCAUGCUGCUGGCCGACAGCUCCGAGGAUGAAUUCUGAUCAGAGCCCUUCGAGGUUUCUUUAAUUGGUGACCAACAGUCGAAGCUCCAGUGACGGAGGCUCGGCGAACAUCCCCAUCGCUACUACCGCAUCUCCAAUCACCCCAGCCCGUUUGGGUAUCAGAUCCACAGAAUGUGAACCAGUUUAGGGCACAAUCAGCUCCGUAAGCCCCUUUCUUUCCAAAAGUACCAAUGUGAGCACUUUUCUAAAUGUUGCCAGGUGAAUCUAAAGGCUUGGUUCGACACUUUGACAUGAAAAUAUAAUUCUGCUGCUCUUAAAAACACGACACAUAAGCAGGGAUUUAUUAGACGUAUGAAAGUGUUGACAGUGAAGUUUUGCAGCUUUAUGGUUUAAGGGGGGACCAAAGGAAGGUGUUCUGUCAGGUAAUAAAAGGGCUGUAGAAGAGUUGCAUUACAUAUAAAGUGUAAAUAAAUCUACUGUACGUGUACCUGACUCGGGGUCAGUUGUGUUAGUAUAAAUGAAGUUUUUUUUCUUGAUGAACAUGUAGGAUAUUUAAAAGGGUGUUUGCUUUUUUGCUGGGGGUUGGAUUAGAAGAUUGAUAUCACUACCACAUGACAGCGAGUCAGUCCGUCCAAAGGUACCAAAUGACGGCUGCCAACACUUUUAAAUCUGAUACAAUAGUGACCUUUGGAGGUGUUAGCAGGCUGGUUUUAUUGCUACUGAAUAGAUGCUGUACUGUUUCCAGUAAAGGGGUUGACAACAAUCAGCAUUUUAAAAAAUUGAUUCCAGAUACAAUAAUCUAAUUAAAAAAUUAGGUUCUCUGGCUAUGAUGUUUGUUGCUUCGGGUUGUCUCUAGCUUGUCCUGCCUAUAAAUGUGGUGGUGUUGACUGUGUUCACAUAAAGCGUCUCUAUAAACACUUCGCUCUUGUGGUAUUCAUGGCAUUUUAAGUAAAAAUUCUGCAAAACCUCAGAGUUCACAAGACUGCUGACAAUUUUAGAAUGGCAGUGUCCAAGUCAAAGCCAAUUUUUUGGUGGAUUCUGGGUUGAAAUUAUUAUUUUGGUGGUAUAGAGCUUUUCUUUGUUAGGUUUUAAUGUCUGAGGAAAACAUUGAGAAUCCCAUCGGCCUCAUUUUUCAGUAAUCAGACAGUAAAAUCCACAUUGCAUUGGAGUCCACAUGAGCACUCCUUUCUUCUUCCCAAAUUUGCACGUGAAGUAAAAAGUUUCCAAAAAGUACUUUCCAAAAGUUCCAAGUUCACGAGAGAUUGCUGACGUUUUCAGAAGUAGCAAAGGUCAUGGAAAUUUACUUCUCGGUGGAUUCCAGGUUAAUACAUUAUCAUUUUGCUCACGUGGAGCUUUUCUUUGUAAUACUAUGUCUGCCCAACGUGUAGAUAUUCCCAACAGCUUUUCAUCUUUUCGUUAGGUCUUUUCAUUUUCAAUGUCAUGCAACCUGCUUGACAGUAACAUCCAUGUUGAAUUAGUGAAUUUGAUGUACACGGCUUGCCAUGUUGGAAAUUUUAUUUGAAGGCAGACAGAAACUAUACAUGGCCACCCUGAUGUCACCACUUAAUUUGUAGACUAGCAUUUUAAAGGACUGAGUUUGGAAUUUAGUCAUCAUCAUCUUGGUAUUUUGAAACCAGACAUGACGAGAGAGGUGGUUCUAAGUAACUGAGGACACUCCAUAUGCCCAUAUGGUGUCAUGGCAGCCAUUUCCUACAACAUACCGCUGUUUAUUAUCAAUUUUUCUCUAAAUGGGACAAUAAUUUACUAAAUAAACAUCAUAGUGUAUUGAAGGAAUCUUGAAACUAGUGGUUGAGUCCAUAAACUAGUGAGGAAAAUGUAUAGCGUAGUAAUAAAUCAAGUGGGAAGUUGGCUCAUAUUCACAGACUUCUCUAGAAUCUAGCUUCUUUUUGAAUCGUCUCCUGCUGGCCAUUAGAAAGAAUGCAGGUUUCAGGCACUUCUGCAUUAACUCCACAUUUCAAUCUAUCAAUAUGGAGGGAUAAAAGCUGAGAUGUUAUCUUUAAAUUGAAGAUAUCUAAGAUAUAAAUUAAGUUAUGUGAUUAAAUUUGUGCCAUUCUAAAUUUUGACACCAAGAUUUAAAUUUUCACUGCAAUUAUCAAUGAAAAUGAUUUCCGUCAACCCCUAUUCCAGUCUCUCCUUUAGCUUCAGCAACAGAUACGAUUGUGGUAUCAAACUUCGAAUCCAACUCUCGGUAAGAAAGCGAAUGCCCCACACCUUUUAGUAACCGUCACAUAGUUAAUUUGAAUUACUGCUUGGUUUAAAUGUGAAAUUUGUGGAAAUGCAAAAUGUUUUAUUCAAAGUCAUUUGUUCAUAGACUGUGAGAAGCACAUACAAAAUACCAUCAUCCUAUAAAAGUAUGUAGCAUAAAACAUAUUUUGAUGUACAAUAUACUGUAACUCUGGUAAGAACUCAUCGCCACUUGCAAAGUUUUUCUUUUUUUCUUCUUCUAAGUGCAUGAUUGUUCACACAUAGACUUGUUGCAGAGACUUCUUUCUACAGAAUGAAGCAUAUCUGCUGGCUGGAAAAGCACAAACACUGAAGACAAUGGAGCAUAUUUUCACAAGUUGAAGAUUCUCUUUAGAACUAUCUCAGUCGGUACAAUGGUGUGGUUUUUGUGUCCUAAUCUGAGAGCCGAUAAACGAGAAGUUUUGCUCAACACUUCUGGCCCAGAAUGUCACGCUCAGAAACAGAGAGGUUAUCGUCAGAUUAAGCUUUAAACUUUUUGAGGGAAAAUAAAAAUAGACAGAAAGCGGAAGUAUUUUUAGUAAUUAGAGCCAUAUUUGUCACACUAGUGAGGUUAUUUUCUGUAACUUCAUGAACCAUCUGACAUGCUUAACGUACAACUGCCUGUUUAUAUGCAACGAUAUUGUUUUAGGUGAGUGUGAUGUAAAAUAGUGGACACUUUUUCUGUCUCUUUAUGUAGAUAUAAAACAAGGUUGUGAUGGAAUAAACAACUCUUUUAGAUUGCGAA